UUAACGAUGAACAAAAUAUAAUGGCGGAGGGCAGUAGAGACGAAAUUCUUGUAGAUUUUCAGGCAUGCACUGGGCUUGAUGACAUUGACACCUGCUGUGCCAUUUUGGAAAAGCAUGACUGGAUUCUAGAAGAUGCUGUGAACAGCAUUCUCCAUGAUGGAGCCUCUCCAGGAGUGGAACACACUCCACUGCAUAGUGCCAGUAUGUCAUCUGCAGUAGGUCCAGGCAUACCAGAGUUUGGAACGACAGCUAACUCCCCCAUCCAGAUAGAUAGCUUCUCCGUGGAUGAUGACGAGUAUGUGGCAGAAGGUGCAUCAGCAGCUGGACCUUCCACAAGCUACUCAUUACCGGUCACUCGUACCCGCAAGUUGCAUUUUCAAGUUGAGUACAGAGACAAGACAGUACCAAUCAUAUUGUCAGAUUCAGAAACAGUCGGUAAAAUCAAGGAACUGCUAUUUGAUGAGCUUGGAGUACCCAUAGACAAGCAAGAGUUGAAUGGAAUUGUCAAAAGAAGUGUUGAUGAUCAAACAAUCUUACGAGACUUAUACUUGCCAAAGGAAAACAAACUUUACCUCUUGACACCUGGCAUCAGCAACCCCACAAUCAGCCGAUCACAGCCAGAUGUACAUGAGAGAUCACAUGACAUGGAUGAAGAAGACUUCACACUAGUAAUAAAGUUUUUUGAACUAAGUAGUUACAGAAUGUUUACUCUAAAAUUUAAGGGUAAUAAGACCAUUCUUUCAGUUAAGCAAGCUGUGUACACACUAACAGAUGUAUCUGUGAGACACCAGGUGUGGACUGGUUGGCCAGAUGGCAUAAGAGAAGAAGAUACUAUUGCUGGAAGUGGCAUAAACUAUCCUACACAUGAGCUAGAAGUCAGAAAAAUUGUUCCGGAUCUUGAUACUGCUACGUCAAAAGUUGUAGACGAAGCUAUGGAUGUGGAUAUUAGUGGAGAUGAGGAGGACAAUCCUGCAGAUCCAUAUUCAUUAGAAGAUGAUAUUUUCUGCCCAGAACCAGAUACUCAACAUAGCCGGCGACAGGAACCACUGAUGCCUGAAAAUGUUACUGAUGAUGUGAGCGCCUUAGAACAUUUCACCAGAGAGUUCAAGGAAAGGUAUGGAGAAUACCACCCUGUUUUCUACAUUGGCUCACUUGAUGAUGCCAUAAAGGAUGCCUUGCAAGUAAAAGCUGUUGAAAGGAAGAUGCUUGCAAUCUAUAUACAUCAUGACAACAGCAUUUUCUCACAUGUGUUUUGCUCACAACGUCUUUGCUCAGAGAGCAUUGUUAAUUACCUGUGCAGCAACUUCAUUACAUGGGCUUGGGAUGUGACAUUUGAAACAAACCGUGCACGUUUGAUCAACAUGGCAACUAGGCAUUUUGGUAGUGUCGCUGCUAGUCAGAUUCGUAAUUAUGGGUCUGAUCAACUACCAGCUUUACUACUCAUCACACGAUCUCGAGCAACAAAUGAAGUAGUUGAUGUUAUCCCAGGACAUGUUUUGCUGGAUGAGCUGAUGACCCGCUUGCUGCAUGCUGUAGAAGUAUUUCGGGGUCAGCAACAGCUUGAUAUUGAGGAUGAGCAACAAAGAGAUGCUCGAGAGCAGAUUAAGCAGGAACAGGAUGCAGCCUACCAGGAAUCACUGGCAACAGACAGGGCCAAGGCAGAGGUACAGAAGGCAGAAGAAAAACGACAACAAGCAGAGAUGGAAAAAGAGAUGGAAAAACAGUGGGAGGAACAAAGAAAAAAGCAGGAGGAACAAGCUGUCAAAGAAGCUAUAAUGGCAUCUUUAGCACGGAUUCUCCCAGAUGAACCGCCAGAGGGCUGCACUAAGCCAGUCACAAAAAUACGCAUUCGAACUCCAUCUGGUGAAAUACUAACCCGAAAGUUUUUAGCUAGUGAAACUGUUGGAACACUUAUGGAUUAUCUAACAACCAAAGGGUUUGUUACUACAGACUAUAAGGUGCUGUCAACAUUUCCCAGAAGAGACAUCACCCAGCUAGAUCCUAGUCAAACACUGAAAGAUGCAAAACUCUACCCACAGGAAACACUUAUUCUUGAAGAAAAAUCAUAGCGCUGUACCAAUUUACAGACUUUGGAUCAACUAAUGUUGUAUUAUUAAAUUUAAUUUAUUUGAAAUCUACAGCUUUUUGUGAAAGCAUGUCAUUUGUGGCUCUGAUAUUGUAAGCAUUUCUUGUUAAAAAAAAAACCCAACUAAAUAUAUAUUGCCACUGCCAUAUAUGUAAAUGCAUUAAAAUAUAUAUAUAG